UAUGAACAAGAGAAUAGUAUAUUAAGGUGAGAAAGCUACAAUUAAAUAUGAAGGUCCAUUAAUGCAUGAAAAUAAAGGAGAUGAAAUUUGGUUAGGAGUUGAAUGGGAUUAAGUUGAUAGAGGAAGACAUAAUGGUACUGUUUAGGGGUACACUUAUUUUACUACAAUUGAUGGAUGUAAUUCAGGCAGUUUAUUAAAGAAAGAGAAGGUGAGUUUUGGUAAUAGAUUGUGGGAAGCAUUAUUUUUGAAAUAUUUCAAAGAAAUACCUCCAUUAUUAUUUUAAGGGAUGUAGGUUUAAGAUUAAAUUAAAGAUGAAUUUCUUUUAGAACAUUAAGAUCUAACAAACCAUUAGGUUGAGAAAAGUUAAAUUAUUACCCUUAUCAAUUAAAAAUAAGUAAAAAUUGAAUUUGAUGAUACAGCAUUCUUUGAAACAAUGAAAAAGAAAAAAAAAAUGGUUGAGUUUUAUGGAUUUGAUGAGAUAUAUAAAAAGCUUAAUAAUUUAGAGACUUUGUAAGAACUAUCUUUAGAGUCUUAAAAUGUUUCAACAAUUGGACCAUUUGGUUUUGUGGGUAGUAUAUUUAAAAAUCUAAAAAUUUUGGGUUUAGAAAAUAAUUUAUUCUAUUCUUGGCAUUAAAUCUUUGUAUUAGUAUCACAAUUACCAACUUUAAAAGAAUUAUCAAUAUCAAGUAAUAAAUUAUCAAAACUUGAAACAUUUGGAUAACAAUAGUUUUAAAAUUAAAUAUUCACUUAAUCACCAGAUUAUUUGAUUUAUGAUUAUGAGUAAGGAAAACAUUUAGAAAUUCCUGUAGAUAGAUGUGGUAAACAUUUAGAAAUUUUGGUUUUAAUUGAUAUGUAUUUGACUUGGUAAGAUAUUUCUUUAAUUAUUCCUGCAUUUCCUAUGAUUUAAUAAUUAUUAUUGUGUAGAAAUAAUUUUAUUGAUUAUGAUAAUUUGUAAUUUAGGAACACAGAUUUAUAAGCUUUAAAAAUAUUAAAUUUGGAAUCAACUUAAUUAUCAUAAUUUGAAUGUGUUUAAAAAUCAUUUGGAAAUUUACCAAAUUUAGAGAGACUUAUUUUAAAUAAAAAUAAUUUAAAGGAUUUACCUUUGGUUAAUGAAUUUAAAUCUCUUAAACAUUUAGCUUUAGAUUAUAAUCAUUUUGCAACUCCUUAAUUUUUCAAUAAAAUAGGAUAAUUAUAAUUAAUUUCUCUAUCUAUUAAACAUAAUCCAUUAGUUGAUAAAUUUGGUAAAUUAUAUGUUAGACAAAGAGCAAUUGCAGAAAUUUCUAGUGUUUAAAUCAUUAAUGGUAGUUAAAUAACUAAAUUUGAAAGAAAAGAUUCUGAAAUAUUUUACUUGAAAUCUUCUUUUGAAGAAUAUUUCUUAUUAAAGAAUGUCAAACAUUAUUAUUAUGAUUACGAUGAUUUUAUCAAUUAUGCUAAGAUUAAUCAUCCAAAAAUUAUAGAAUUAAUUAAAAAAUAUGGAAAUCCAUAUGAAAUUGAUCCAACUGUUAAAGGAGGAUAUACUUAAACAAAAUAAUAACUCUAAUAACCUUAAUAUUGUACAAUCAUAAUUAUAGAUCAUGUUGGAAAAUUAAAAGAUAAACCUACACCUAAAAAAUUGAUGGGAAGUACUGGAUUAUAACCAGUGAAAUUGAUGAUCUCAAAAUUAGUAAAUAUUCCAAUCAAAUAGAUAGCUUUAUCAAUAUAAGUAUAAUUUUAUAAAUAAAUUUAAGGUAACUGAUGAUGCUGAAAUUGUGAAUUUGGAAGGAAAAGAUAUGACUUUGAAUGAUUUUGGGGUUCAAGAUAAUAGUCUCAUUCAUGUUAAUGUAAUACCAGAAUGA